AGUUCAUCUCUCAAUCUCAAACGAGUCUGAUUUAGCAAUGAAGCUUGCCUUGGUAUCGUUGUUCCUGAGUAUUACCUGUACAUUAGCUGACAAGGUGAUUGUUGGCUACUUCCCAAACUGGUUAUAUGCAAGAUGGCCAGUUACCAAUAUUGAUUUCUCCAAAUACACGCACAUCAACUAUGCUUUUGCUAUCAUGAUCAAGGGGGAUACUCCCGAAUGGACGGAUGAUUGGGCCGUAUCUACUCAACUGCCUCAGCUUACCAAAGCUGCUCACGCAAAGAAUGCAAAAGUGCUGAUCUCCAUUGGUGGUUGGUCCGGAUGCUUAACCUUUAGUCCGAUGGCUGCGGAUGCUGGACGCCGUAAAAACUUUAUUGAUUGGAAUAUCAAGCAAAUUGACACCUACGGCAUUGAUGGAAUUGACAUUGAUUGGGAAUAUCCUGGUCGCCAAGGAGCUGGUUGCAAUGCUUUUGAUCCUGCUAAUGAUGCCAAAAACCUUCUCACCUUGCUCCGAGAACUGAGAACUGCUCUGGAUAGCAAGUAUGGCUCAGGCAAGAAAGAACUUACUAUUGCUGCCCAUGUUCGUCCAUUCGUCACUUCUUCGGGCUACAUGUCCGACGUGUCGGAAUAUGCUAAAGUACUUGACCGUGUGAGCCUGAUGACGUAUGAUAUCAACGGUGCAUGGAACACCACGACAGGACCCAAUGCUCCUUUCAACUUUGAAAAUGGUUUUGGAGAUGCUGACAGUUUUGUGUCUGCUAUCGAUGCAUGGACCAAAGCCGGUAUGCCAGCCAGCAAAAUUGUACCCGGCGUCGCCUUUUACGGACGCUCAGCGACUGCUACUGUGGACAUGACCAAAACCAAGUCUCAAUAUCAAGGCCAAGUCCCGGGUCAGCCACCCAAGGGUGAUUCUUAUGACGCUUACUGGCAAGAUCCCUACUGUUCCAAAGAUCCUGGCGGUCUUUCCGGUAUCUGGCGCUACGCCAAUCUGCGCUCGGAAGGCAUUUUAACCAGCCCAACCACCGCCGCUUCCCCAUGGGUGCGCACCUGGGACAAUGUCACUCAAACCCCAUGGUUAUUCAAUCCUACGAAUAAGGUGUUUAUUUCUUACGAUGAUCCCGUUUCCAUGGCGGUCAAGGUCAACUAUGCUCGAUCCAAGAAUCUCGGUGGUGUUAUGGUCUGGUCCGUCGAUGAAGAUAACGGUGAACUCUUGGAUGAAGUCAUGAAAAUCAAGUCGGAUUCCAGUGAUUGCAACUGUUAACAAGCAGCUUUGGAGAGUCAUAACGCCAUUGCUUGAGGCAGAAAGAUUUUUUUUUGAUACCAGUCAUGGUUUUCCUAUAUUUGUAACACUAUACUUUGAAUGCAGAAACUGCAGUGAACAAAACAUAUCAAUAAAAUUUUGACGCCCAAUUCAUAUUUAUCGUUUGCUUGACGUUCAUCCUCAAC